GUACAAACACAGGACUUCGAUCUUGCAUUGUAGGUAGCCAGCUUACGCUUUCAGGGGGCCUUAUUGGCAUCGGCUGACAGACGCCUCACAAAUCGCGCCCCCAACUCACGAACCGCUGUGGAGGCCGCGACCUAGCACCGAAGCGGCAGGCCAACAUCGUAUUCGAGCUUUAGCCAUGUCGCCACGGGAAAUGCAUGUCAGCAGCCUAUGGGCAGCCAGGUCCCCGAAUAUCCUUUCAGGAAAACUACAAAUACCGGGCAUGCGGUGACUACUUGGAUGCGUUUUCUUGCACCACCAUCAGUCUGAGUUUGUCCUGACAUCGAGAGAUCAGCUUGAGGAUGAAUCUUUUGAGCUACGUGCUUGCGAUUUUGGUGGCGUUGCAGCCGGCCGUCGUAGUGGCAAAGACGGUUGUGGCUCAUGUCGUCGUGGGCGUGACGUUGGACGACCACACCAAAGACACCUGGUACGAGGACAUCACGCUCGCGCAUGCAGCGGGCAUCGACGGGUUCGCGUUGAACAUCGUCCCACCAUUCAAUGGAGCCGGCGGCUGCGCGACGCAGAUCUCGUACGCCUUCGGCGCGGCCAACGACUUCCGAGACAGGACGGGCAACGCGUUCAAGAUGUUCUUCAUGUUCGACUACCUGGGGAAGCCCGGCCGGCCGUGGACGGCCGACGAGAUUGUCGAGAUCCUGGGCGGGCCGUACCACGACAACGGCGCCAUGCUGACCAUCAACGGGCAGCCGGUCGUGUCGACGUUCGAGGGCGGCGACCACGCCGGCGACUGGCCGUCGAUCCGCGCGCGCUCGGGCGGCAUCCACUUGGUGCCGGACUGGGAAGGGAGCGGCGGCCCAAACUUCAUCCAGAGCCAUCUCGGCACCGUGGACGGCGCGUUCAGCUGGGACAUGUGGCCGGAGUACCCGACGUGGGUGGACAGCCUGCCCGACGCCGAGUACAAACGAGUCCUCGCGGGGAAGACGUACAUGAUGGGCGUGUCGCCGUGGUUCUACACCGACCUGCCAGAAUACAACAAGCACCGGGUGUGGCGGGGCGACGACCUGUGGCACGACCGGUGGCAGCAGGCCAUUUCGCUGCAGCCCGACAUUGUGCAGAUCGUAACAUGGAACGACUUUGGCGAGGCGCACUACAUCGGGCCCAUCCGGGAUGGCGGGAUCCCGGCCAACGCCAAAUCCUACGUGCAGAACAUGCCGCACGAUGCGUGGCGGCAGCUGCUGCCGUACUACAUUGCGCAGUACAAGAGCCCGGGCAGCGCCGUCGCGGCCGAGCAGCUGGUGUACUGGUACCGGCUGACAUCGGCGUCGGUGCCGGGCAAGAAGGGCCCCUUUGACGACGUGACGGGCAACAACUGCGAGUACGAGACGUGCUAUGACCCGGCGACGGUGGUGCAGGACAAGGUGUUCUUCACGGCGAUUCUCAAGUCGGCGGCCAGCGUUGUCGUCAAGAUUGGCAAUAAUGCCGAGACGACAUUCACGGCUAGCGGCGCGGGCGCUUUCCAUGCCUCGUUGCCGUUCAAUGGCCAGACGGGCGUCGUGUCCAUCAGAGUGGUCCGGAACGGGCAGACGGUUGGUGGGCUUCAGAGCUCGGGCGCUGCUAUCCAGGGGAGCGCUCCCAAUGGCGUUAUAAACUAUAAUGCCUGGGUGGGUGGUGCUAGUGCUUAGGCGUGGAGGUUCUGGUGGCCUACUCUCGUUUUUAAAUGGGACUCUGUUUGUGACGGAAUCGCUGAAUCAUCUUACACAUCUCGAACCAUUCGUGUAUUCGAAAUGUCACCCUGUCGUUAAGCUUAUCCCCGCAGUGCCUACCACGCAAACCCGACCCGGAGCACCCACCCAAGCACGCGCUCGGGGUACCUUCCCGAAGCGAACAGCUCGCUCGGCAAACUAGCCUGCCUACAUAUCCUCAGCACACCGACUACUAUGCCAGUCAAAACCGGAGCCCGUUCGCGAGUGCAUACAUGCAUACAAUAGGCAGAUGGAAGUGCGCUGUAGUCGGUCAAGACAAACACUACCUAUGGCUUCCCCAGUCCGUGCGACGAAAAUCCGGG